GCGCCCCCCUGCGGCGGCGGGGACGACGCCCUCCACCGCAGACACCUCCUCCUCCUCCGCGACGCCUUCCCGGCAGCAGGUGGUGAAGCAAACAUGAUGGAAAUCGAUGGCUUUUACAGUCGUGAAACGCUGGAUCCAGCGGCUAAAUACAAGAUGGAGUAUAAGCGGAGAGGGGUUGCUUUGAUCUUCAAUCACGAGCGGUUCUACUGGCAGUUGAAACUGCCAGAAAGACGCGGCACCAGGGCGGACCGAGAAAAUCUAACUCGCAGGCUUUCAGCUCUUGGAUUUGAAGUGAAGUGUUUUGAUGAUCUUAAAGCUGAAGAAGUAAUGCUGAAAAUUCAUGAGGCAUCCAGCUCUAACCAUGCAGACGCCGACUGCUUCUUGUGCGUAUUCCUGAGUCACGGCCUAGGAAACCACGUCUACGCCUAUGACGGCAAAAUUGACAUUCCAGAGAUUACGAGCAUGUUCAAGGGAGACCAGUGCCGGAGCUUGGUAGGAAAGCCCAAGAUAUUUAUCUUUCAGGCCUGUCGGGGAGAAGAACACGAUGUGGGAGUUGUGCCCCUGGACGUCCUAGACAGUAAGAUGAGCGAGCAGGACGUAAAUGAAACGGAAGUUGACGCUGCCUCGGUUUACACGUUGCCGGCUGGAGCCGACUUCCUCAUGUGUUAUUCCGUCGCAGAAGGUUACUAUUCUCACCGUGAGACCGUCAACGGCUCCUGGUACGUUCAAGAUCUGUGUGAGAUGCUGGGAAGGUACGGCUCCUCUUUGGAGUUCACAGAACUCCUCACCUUGGUGAACAGGAAGGUGUCUUACCGCAGGGUGGAUUUCUGCAACAACCCGAGGGCAAUUGGAAAGAAGCAAAUUCCUUGCUUCGCCUCAAUGCUAACUAAAAAGUUGCAUUUCCUUCCUAAAGCUCAGUAAAGGGUGGGGGAAGAGGAUGUUUUCAACGUGGAAGCUUUGCAAAAGGUUCUACAACUCAUUGUGGAAUUUACGUCCUUAGUUUAAAGCUUAUCUUGUGCUCCUUGUGGUGGUGUUUUUAAAUUAAGUAGGAUAGUUUCGAACCCCCAGACAGUUAAGGGAGUAGGGAGAGAACUGAUCGGUGGUAUUUAGUGAGUGCUUACCGCGUGCAGGGCAUAGUACAACAGAGUACACACACAAACACACUCUCUUUCGGGAGGAAAAAUCAGCUGGGGCUGUUUUACAUGCACAGAGAGAGCAGUAACUUUUCAUGUGGGGUGGACAAGACGGUUUGGGGCUGGAUGGCCUCCUCAGGGUUGUUGUCCCCUACCCUUCUACCUCUUAAAACAAAGCUGGUGGCAUCAGGGAGGGCUUCAAACUGAACCAGGCGGCGGAUUCUCCCUUCUGCAUCUCAGGUCUCCCUGUUUGUACAAACGGUGGGGUCCCUUUAGAAAUUCAUUUUGGAUUCAGUCUUAUCACUGUACCAAGCGCUUGGGAGAGUACCACAGUAAACAGACACAUUCCCCGCCCACCAACAGACGAAUGUUGGCACACCCAGCAUUACUGUAUGUCCAGUCCCCCAAAAGUCAUCCCACAGGUCAUUACUGAUUGUGCACCAGUGAGGCACCCAGGUAACCACAAUGACUUAGCUGUCUGAACUUGAAUUUAGUACACACUCCUUUUACAGUGGCUGAUUUUCUACUUGACGUUUUUUCUUAAAAUUUUUAGUUGAACACAAGAAAGGGUUUCCUUACACCAGUACGUGAAGUGAGAGACUGCUGUCAUAUUUUGUGCGAGCUACAGAGCGUAUCACCGUCUUGCCCUAGCUGUUUGCUGUAAGGAAUCCCAUGCUUUGCUCGUCAUUUAAACAUUCCUCUAUUCAUCCACAGAGUAAAGUCGCUCAUAGGAUGAAGCUUUCACUUGCCAAAAGUUUAGGCUCCUCUUAUGUGUCACUUAAAGGCUCUCUGUGAUCCCUCUUACACCAUGAUUAACCAAAAAAUUUGAUUCCUGGCCUGCGCAUGUCUCUGCAGAAAGGCAGGAGACAAGCUUCCUGAAUCACUUACCAAAUGGUCAAUCAAAUCAAUCAAUCGUAUUUGAGUGCUUACUGUGUGCAGAGCACUGUACUAAGCGCUUGGGAAGAGUACAGAUAUGCCCACAAGGAGCUUACAGACUAGAGGGGGAGGCAGACAAUAAAAAUAAUUUACGCUAUGUACAUAUCCAAAUAAUCUUUGCUUUGAUCAUCUACGCUUGCCACAUCAUACCCGGAUAUUAAGAUGAAAGAAUGGAAAGCAAUGCUUGAGAAACCAAAAGUGGAAUGACUAGUUUCCGUGGCUCCCUCAGGCAGGUCGAGGAGUCCUAACUCAAUGUCCCACUUGGAAAAAUCGCCGUUUUUACUGCGAUCGAUCUAAAUGGUUUACUACAAUCCUGUGCACUAAAUUCUGUUGAGACUAACCGAAUACGAGUUUUGCAUGUGAACCAAUGUCCUCUUGGAGCUUUGCUGGCAAAGGUUAUUUACAUUUUUUUACUUCAUUUUUUUACUUAAUGAUUCAGUCACCCACAUUUCUAAUAAAAAUCGAUUGGGCAGUGGAA